AUGGGUGGCGCAGUGUCUGAACUACGUGGUGAGAUCCAUACCCACGUGCUAAUUGUACAGCACUAUCCAUUGUUUCUCGAGCCUUAUUUCCUUCAUACGGCGGAGUUGGGUGAAGGUACCGAUCGUGACAAUCCGCUGGAAGAAAUCUCCAUGGACGUUGUCAUCUCGGACAAACGAGUGCUCGAAGAGGCCUCUACUGAGGUGGAAUUACUCUCCGAACACUCAGCCGUGACUGAAGCGUUGUUACAUGCAGUACGCAAUUAUCGCAAAUUAGAAUUGUCGCCCGAUCUCGACACUUUUAGGCAAUGGUAUGACCCUCCUUGGCGCAAAAACAAACCUUUCCCGAAAUUUGUGAUCGUGCCACCUGAUGAAGUGCCACGUUUUAGGAUAGCAAUACUACGAACAAGUAUCCGUUGCCUCCGGUUGAUGAUGUUUUGCCAAGAAGGGAGGAAACAAUUGGAAGAAUGGGACGGACCCGCUGUGCUUAACCACGCAGCGAUUGAAAAUCCCUUGGAUGAUUUCCUCGACACGUUCGCAGUCUCAACACUCGUCACGAACACACUGAACCGGUUUGAUGUCGGUAAAUACUUGAGCUUGUACGUCCACGUGUGCCGCUUUAUCUCCUUCGUAGCAACUGAAGAGCGACAUGCCAAACUUGUAGGACAAACUGGAGGCAUUGAAGGCUCGAUCCGGUUGCUGUUUAAAGCUCGAGAGAUGCAGCGAGAGAAGAAAGCCAGCGAACGGGCCGAAGCAGAUCGUCUCGCCAAGUUAGCGAAGUGUCCCGAAUCGGCUGGUUGGUUGGGGUAUUUGGAGACCAAGAAAGCUCCACCGCCACCUCCUGUCGACGCGUCCGGACAAGCCACUUCUCUCGAGGCUCUAGCUAGCGUGGACUUCACACCCACGGAGAUCGGUCAGCAAGCGCUGUGGGCACUGGACUUGCUCGCAGCUCUGGACUACAACGUGUCCAUGAUGAAGCUGCACAGACUGAAAUACUUAUUGGAAGAGAUACGUCUUGAUCCUGAGGGGAAUGAGCUUGGCGGUAUUUUGAUCUUGACUCGCAGACUGAGGCUCAUACGCUGGGAUCAAGUCGGUGCGCCUUCGCCUGAAAAAACAAAGCACAAAAAACACUCAUAA